AACCUUUAUUUUGGCCUCGGAAUUUCCGUCUGAAAUUGUUUUAUAUAUACCAAGGGCCAAAUUUUUUUAUCCCAGCCGCUUGAGAUUCACUUCCCUUUCCCCACCGAUCUUCCCCUCUCGCCGCCGUUCAUCUCUUUUCCCGCCGUUCAUCCCCUUCGCCGUCGCUCCUCCUUGCUUUCACUCCUCCUCCUUGCUUUCUCUCCUCCUCUGUUACAAAAUUAUGUCUUAUGCGGAGUUCCAUGGGACGUCAUCUAACCGAUCACGGAGGUCACCAAUUAGCUCGGAUACACCAUCUCUAUCGUGUACUAAUGUCCCCGAGACGGCGAAUUCUGCUCCUCAAGCAGUGAUGACGAUAGAGGAUUUCGUUAGUCAACCGGGACGGCAACAUAUCCCGAGGCUCCACCCGAAAGAAGAAAAUGGAGCAACUUGGUUUAACCUAGAAAAUGGCAUCACAAAAUCCAUUCUUAGGAUUUUCAAGACGCAACUCGGUAAACCUUUUCCAACGUACGGGGACGUGGAUCCAGACACCAAAUUGACUUGGUUCAAGUCUUUUGCGCAAGAUUUCAAUUGGGAACCCGGUCUUAGUAAGAGAGUGCGUCUCGAGUUUGACAUUCAAGUCAACACAACCUAUGGAAAUCACAUGUACUCGUGGAAGCAAAAGUGGAAGAAUGGAAAGGAGAAGCCAAAGGAUUUAGAGGAAGGAGUUUGGAGAGGUUUUAUUCGCUAUUGGAGUAUGGAGAAAACAAAAGCUACUUCCACGCAAAACUCGAAGAAUCGUAAGAGCCAACGUGGUGGGAAGGGAAUGGCGACCCACAAUUCGGGUUCAAUGUCCUUUAAAAGGCAUGAAAGAAAGAUGGCUAUCAAGAAUGGAGUUCAACCGGAUUGGCUACAAGUGAUGGAAGAAACCCACACUAGCAAGAAAACCGGACAGAUUCAAGACCUUGUUAUCGAAGAGCGGAUCGAGAGGAUUAAGUUGCGAAAGGUGGAUCGGGAGACGCAACUAUCCCAAGAUGGCUCAACGUCUUCAACCGGUAUACCCCGUGAGGAAAUCAACCUAUUGUGUAUCGAAGAGAUUCCCUUAACCAAGGGCCGCCGACCCGAUUUAGGAAGCCUUGUGUCCAAGGACGGGAGUGUCUCUUCGGUAAUUCCUCGUGACACCGAACUUGUUCAACAAGUUGAAGAUCUUAACCGUGUCAUUAAAGAAAAAGACACGGUGGUCGAAGAAUUGAAGCAACAAAAUGUCGAGAUUAAGGAAAAGUUCGCCGAGACCCAAGUGACACUCACCAAUCUUCAAACAUUCUUGGCGUCUCAAUUUCCGGGACAGUUCCCUCCACCAUGAUUUGUUCUUUUCUUUUUUUGAACAUUUUCUUCUUUUUUUUUUGUCAACUAACAUUUUCUGUUUAUGUAAAAUA